AUGGCUACCAAGGGAUUCGUUCUGUUUAAUUGCCUGUUGUUGUUUCUUUUACUCAAUAUGAGCACAUUGUACGGUGCCACUGAAGAAGAUAGAAAAGUAUACAUUGUCUACUUGGGAUCACUUCCUCAGGGUGAAUACUCAUUAUCAUCGCUCCAUCAAAAUAUGCUCCAAGAAGUUGUUGAUGGCGGGUCUGUAGAAAAUUUAAUGGUUAGAAGUUACAAGAGGAGUUUUAAUGGAUUUGCAGCCAAGCUCACUGAAAAUGAGAUGCAAAAACUUGCCACCAAGAAAGAGGUCGUCUCAGUUUUCCCAAGUAGAACUCUUCAGCUUCAAACCACGAAUUCCUGGGAUUUUAUAGGUUUAAAAGAAUCUGUUAAACGAAAUCCCAGUGUUGAGAGUGAUGUUAUAGUGGGAGUUUUAGACAGUGGAAUUUGGCCGGAAUCCGAAAGUUUUAGUGAUGAAGGUUUUGGUCCUGCUCCCAAGAAGUGGAAAGGUGUUUGUAAAGGUGGCAGAAAUUUCACUUGCAACAAAAAAUUAAUUGGAGCUCGAUUUUACUCAUUAAAUGAAUUAGAAGAAACAGCUAGAGAUACUAACGGUCAUGGAACCCAUACUGCCUCUACCGCCGCAGGCAUUGAUGCGAAGGAUGCAAAUUUUUUCGGACUGGGAAAGGGUACUGCAAGAGGAGCUGUUCCCUCUUCAAGAAUUGCUGUGUAUAAAGUCUGCUCGGAGUUUGGUUGUAGUGGAGUAGAUAUAUUGGCCGGUUUUGAUGACGCCAUUGCUGAUGGAGUUGACCUUUUAUCACUCUCAUUAGGAGGAGAUCCAACCGAUUUUAGUCAGGAUCCUGUUUCCAUUGGUUCUUUUCAUGCAAUGGCUAAAGGUAUUUUGACUUUAAAUGCAGCUGGCAAUUCUGGUCCUGAUCCAGGAACAACAGGAAGUGUAGCUCCAUGGUUGAUGUCUGUAGCCGCUACCACAACCGAUCGCCUUUUUGUUGAUAGAAUUGUUCUUGGAAAUGAAAAGGAUGUAAUGGGAUUUUCAAUUAACGGCUUCAGCCUGAAUGGAGAAAAAUUUCCUCUGGUAGUUGGAAAUGAUGUACCAGGGGAUUGCGCUCAAUCGGAUAGCUUGAAGUGUUCUGGAAGUUGUCUCAACAGCAGUGCAGUCGAGGGAAAGAUUGUUUUAUGUGAACUUUCAGAAGGAACCAUUGCUGCUCGUCAAGCAGGUGCUGUAGGAUCGAUCAUUUUAAAAGAUACAGUUUCUGGCCCUGUUUCCUUUGUCGUUUCUUGGCCAUCAUCGUCAGUGACCUCUAAAGAUUACCACAGAAUCAUCUCCUACAUUAAUUCAACAAAAAACCCUCAAGCAGAGAUAUUAAAGACAGAAAGCAUCAAGGAUUCUGAUGCUCCUGUUGUUGCUUUUUUCUCUUCUCGUGGUCCAAAUACUAUUCUGCCUGAGAUUCUUAAGCCUGAUAUAAGUGCUCCUGGAGUUAACAUUUUGGCCGCAUAUUCGCCUAUAGCUUCACUGACCAGGGAAGAUAAAAGGCACGCCAAAUUUAAUAUAAUUUCUGGAACCUCAAUGGCAUGCCCUCAUGUUGCCGGUGUAGUUGCAUAUGUUAAAACAUUUCACCCUACUUGGUCACCUUCAGCCAUCAAAUCUGCUAUAAUGACCACUGCACGGCCAAUGAAUGAUUCCAUAACUUCACAAGCUGAAUUUGCAUAUGGAUCUGGGUUUGUCGAUCCGACAAAUGCUUUAAAUCCUGGACUUGUAUAUGAAACUUUUGAAGAAGACUACAUAAGAAUGCUCUGCAGUAUAGGUUAUAGUUCGGAAAAACUUAGACGUCUUACAGGAAAUAAUAACACUUGUCUUGAAGCCUCAAAAAAGGCAUCACCAAAAGAUCUCAAUUACCCUUCAAUGACAUCCGAAGUUUCAGCAGGAACACCAUUCACGAUCAACUUUCAUAGAACAGUUACAAAUGUUGGUCUUCCAAACUCCACAUAUGAAGUGCAUGUCUUUUCAAACUCAGGAGUUAGAAUCAAUACAGUGCCUAAAGUUCUCUCUUUCAAGUCAUUAAAUGAGAAGAAAUCUUUUGAUGUGACUGUAACUAGUAAUGGUGUUGCAGCGAAUACUAUUUUAUCUGCAUCUGUUGUGUGGUCUGAUGGGAAGCAUAGGGUGAGAAGUCCAAUUGCUCUCAUCGCUAAGGAGGCUUCCAGAAAUUGAACAUGAAGUUGUUACUGGUUCAGUGCUAAGGUUUUCUAUUUAUUAAUAUAUUC